AAUUCUGAUGAUUCUUUGGCAGACUCAUGGAUUUUUCCAUGUAUUCAAUUAUAUCAUCUGUAAAUAGUGAUUCUUUUUUAAAUCCUUAUAUCUUUUUUCCCCUUAUAUCAUUUUUCCUUGUCUUAUUGCACUGGCUAGCAUCUUCCUGACAGUGUUGAUUAUAAGUAGUGAGAAUGGGUGUGGUUGGCUGAAUAAUGGCUCCCAAAGGUGUCUACGCCCUAAUUCCUGGAGCCUGUGAAUAUGUCACCUUACAUGGUAAAAGGGUCUUUGCAUCUGUAAUUAAGUUAAGUAUCUUGAGAUGGGGAAAUUAUCCUGUAUUGCCCAGUGUGUCCAGUAUAAUUACAAAGGUCUUUAUAAAAUAGAGGCAGAAGGAUCAGAGUGUGGGGAAGGGAAGUUGUAUUACUGUCUGUGCCCCUCUGUAACCCUCUCCCCUUGAGUGUGCGCUGGACCUGGUAGCAUGCUUCUGACCUUGAGAAUGCGGCAAAAGUGAUGGGCUGUCACAUCUAAGGUCAGGUUACAAAGAGGCUGUGGCUUCCUCUUGCACACCUUCCCUUGCUGUCUCUCUUGCUCACCCUGGUGGAAGCCGGCUGCCGCUUUGUAAGCUGCCCUAGGGAGGGGCCCACGUGGCCAGGCACUGCAGGUGCGCUCCAGCAAACAGCCAGUGGGAGCCAAGGCCCUCGGUCCAGCAGCCCGUGAGGAGCUGCAUCCGCCAUCGAUCACCUGAAUGAGCCUCUGCUUUUGAGGAGACGGCCAUCCCAGUUGACACCUCGACUACAGCAUGAGGGGAGGCUCUCAGGGACCCCACUAAGCUACACCUGUUCCUGGGACUCCAAGAAAGUAGUUUGCUGAGAUGUCGGUUGAGGAUUCUUCCCAAGAAACGUUGGAAAUGGAGAGCUUCCACACAAGACUCAGUGCCUGGACACCUUUUAGCAACAAGUCAUUAAACAGACAGCUCUUUCAGGAAAGAGUUGCUCUUAUAAGUCAUUGGUUUGACCUCUGGACUAACAAGCAACGUCAAGAAUUCUUACGCACGAUAUUUUUAAGAUGCGCAAAAUCACAAUUAAGGUUUGUCCAAGACUGGUUUUCAGAAAGGAAGCAAGUGGCCAAAGCGGAUUUCUCUACAGUGUUACCACGCUUCAUUUCUCUAUAUAUCUUUUCCUUUCUGAAUCCAAAAGAUUUGUGUGCAGCUGCACAAGUCAGCUGGCCCUGGAAGUUCCUAACUGAACAGGAUUGCUUAUGGCGGCCCAAAUGCGUUAAGUUUGGAUGGUUCCUGCCCUAUACUCCAACAGAGAAUGAGUUCGGCGCCUGGAAGCACCACUACCUCUCCUGUGUGUCCCACUUAGACUGGCUGACACCCAGGGAGGCUGCUGGCGUUUACGGGACCCUGAACGAACCCAAAGAGGAAAACGAGGAGCUCCAGGAGAGACGAAGAGAAAAGUGCCUACGGAAAGUAAUUUGGGAGAAAAUUGCACUACGUAAUAAGGAGCUGUUCAGAGCUCGACCCCCUUGGGUGAGUGGAGCAUGCUGCUCCAGAUUGUUAAAAUCCAAACGCCAACCGCGGCUCUCCCAGUCUGCGAAGGGUCGGGUGGAACUCCAUGGAGCUCUGGAGAAACAGCUCGUGCUGGCAUCCUUGGAAGCUCUGCCCCAGCGAAGCAAUGUUUCUGGAAGCCAUUCCUACCCUUUGUUAUCAAAGAAGAACUGCCGUGGGGUUUAUAAAAAGGGUGACAGCUCUUCAGCUUUACAGCCACACUUGAUAUUAAUUUCAUCUCGGAUUCCAGCGUAUGAGAUGGUUGUGGACAGCGUCAAGGCCGGGGUGGUGUCUGUGGUGUACGAGCACAGUGGCUUGACCCUGGAGAGCCUGCUCCACCUCACGGCCAAGGCCCUGGGCGGGCGGAUGGCACAGAGCCUGGGGAUAUUCAGCGGUGGGGACAGCAGGGGAAUCGACCUCCUCCAAGGCUGCAGCAUUGGACUCAGCAACGUGCUGCGGCCGGAGGUGCGAGGCUUCUGGGAGACGCUGGGGAGCUCCGUGGCGCCUGCGGACGAGGGCGGCCACGUGGACCUCUUCGCCCCGCUGGCGGCCUCAGAGGCCGGAAUGGAAGUUCUUUCUCAGCUGUCGCAACUCACGGGCACAUUGUUCACCGCCCCCACGGGGACCGCGGCUGGCUCCUACCAUCACAUUCUCAGCGACUGGCUGGGACCCCCGCCGGGAGGGCCGCCCCCCGCCGUCUACUUCUGCGAGCCCAAGCUGCAGGCCUGGUGCCGCUUCACGGACAGCCUGGAGGACGCCCUGGCGGCGGCGAGGAGGCAGCUGCGCCCGCUCUUCCAGGAGCUGCAGGAGGAGGUCAGCGGCAGGCUCAUCGGGCAGUUUGUGUCCGACAACAUGAGUGUGGCCAGAAUUCUGGAGAACCAAGAAACUGCCCAAGCCCUGGCAGACGGACUUACGGAGCUGUCAAGAGAAAACUGUGACAACCCCCUGGAAUUCUUGUCAUCUUUCCUGCUGAAGAAAUGCAGUGAAAAGAGCAAAGAAGUCGAAGGGAAUGGUCUUCCGGCAAAAUGUGGCUCGAAGGCAGCGUCCAUCGCGAAGGAAGGCAGAGUCACAGAAGACAGUUCUCAGGACACCACGCUGAGUCUCAGAAGCAAGGGUCCAAAUGUUGAGGAGCUGGUCGCGCUGGAGAGAAGGCUCCGGGAGGACCCCGCCGCCGGGCGCGCCCGCGUGGUCGCGGAGCUGCUGGCGAGCGAGCGGCGCUACGUGCGGGCGCUGGAGACGGUGCGGGCCGUGUACGCGCGGCCCCUGGCGGCGGCGCUGGCCUCCAACCGGGCCGUGCUGAGCGCCGCCAGCGCCGACGUCGUUUUCGCCGACGUCCUGCGGAUUCUGAGUCUCAACAGGCAGUUCCUAGCCCACCUGGGAGAGCGGCUGCGGGGCUGGGGCCCGGCCCACUGUGUGGGGGACAUAGUCAUCAAGUUUGGGAGCCGGCUGGACGUAUACACCAACUUCUUCAACAACUACCCUGCUAUCCUGAAAACUAUUGAGAGGUGCAGGGAGAUGAUACCAGCCUUCCGAGCCUUCCUGAAGAGGCGCGAUAGGACCGUGGUGACCCAGAUGCUGAGCCUGCAGGAGCUGCUCCUGUGCCCGUCCCGGAGAUUUGGCGAGUAUCUCCAUCUCCUCUACGCCCUGAGGCUGCACACCCCGGCAGAACACGCCGAUCGCGGAGACCUGACCACUGCCAUCGAGCAAAUCAAAAACUACAAAGGCUACAUCGAGCAGAUGAAGCAAAACUUCCUUAGGAAAGAUCAGCUGUCGGACAUCCAGAGAAGCAUCUGUGGGUGCCCUACUCUAUCAGAAGUAAACAGAUAUCUGAUUAGGAUCCAAGAUGUAGCCCAACUUCACUGCUGUGAUGAGGAAAUAAGUCUCUCUUUAAGGCUCUACGAACACAUCCGCGACCUCAGCCUUUUCCUCUUCAACGACGCGCUGCUCGUUUCUAGUCGGGCCAUGUCUCACACCCCAUUUACAAGGACUUCAAAAACAACCCAUCAGUUCAUUGCUUCCGUGGCCCUUCACAGGUUACUUAUAGAAGAUAUUCCAGAUUCCAAAUAUAUCAAGAAUGCAUUUAUUCUUCAUGGUCCAAAACAUGAAUGGAUUUGUGCUACAGAGACUGAGGAUGAUAAAUUCCUGUGGCUGUCAGUGCUCCAAAGCGCAAUCAAAAGUAGCACAGAGACGUGAGACCAGGCUGAAGGGAAACACUGGGGGUGCAGAUCUUCCCCGGCCAGGUCGGACCCUGUGCACUGUCUGUUCUGGAAGAUUCAGCAAGUGGCCAAGUCGUUAUCUAAUAUGAAUGAUGAAGGGACGGUGACCCAUAGGGUUCCCUCCAGCUUUUGAAGGCCCCCAUCCAUGCCCAGUCACCUGGGGUAUGAUAUGAACAAAUCUGAGUCCAAAAUUUUGAAUCACUUCUUUUGGUAUUUUUCAUGGACAAUAUUAUUUUGAGUAUUUGACUCAUGAAACCUAAGACAGAGCAAGCACAGUGUGUGUCUAAUGCUUCGCUUUAUGAUCUAAUGAAAAGUAAAGUCAGAAUGAAAUUUCUUAAAUGACCACUCUAGAGAAACAUUUUCAUUGUUGGUGAUUUACCAAUCAUCUUUAACAUUUUCAACAAAGAAUUACUGAUUCAAAAUGGCAGUUUAUUUAUUCAAAAACUUGUUACACAUAUCCUUAAUAUGAACGUGUUCCUUUAGAGACCACUAAAAAUAUACCACUAAAACCAAAGUACUAAAACAUUCUGUAAUUUUAAAAUGUUUUUUUUUGUUUCUAAAACUGAAUUCUUAGACUGUUAAAACAAAAAGCUUUAAAAAUAUUUGUGACAUUGUUAAAUUAGAAGGCUUCUGAAGAAAAAAGCAAACAAAAAAAUAAAUGGAAAGCUAGCAAAACUCACCUAUAAUGGAAUUCAGCUAAGUAAAAAUGGAAAAAAAAAAAAAAGUUCUGUUUUGAAACAGAGAAACAGCAAAAUAGAUGUUGAAUAGUUUUCUGGGGCCUCUGAA